GUGAAAAAUGCCCAGCCGCGCCUGGCCAAGCCGGCCGACCCGGGCCCGACGCCGGGCCUCUACAUGGAGCGCUCGCAGAGCCGCAUCAGCCUGUCGGCCUCCUUCGAGGCGCUCGCCAUCUACUUCCCGUGCAUGAACUCCUUCGACGAGGACGACGGCGUGGACACGGAGGGCAGGAAGCUGAAGGGGGCCAUCCAGAGGAGCACGGAGACGGGUCUGGCCGUGGAGAUGCCGAGUCGGACGGUCCGGCAGGCGAGUCACGAGUCGAUAGAGGACAGCAUGAACAGCUACGGCUCGGAGGGGAACUUGAACUACAGCGGCAUGUGUCUGGCAUCAGACGCUCAGUUCAGCGACUUCCUGGACGGGAUGGGGCCCGCCCAGUUCGUCGGGCGCCAGACGCUGGCGACCACGUCGAUGGGUGACGUAGAGAUCGGCCUCAUGGAGAGGAACGGGGCUCUGGAGGUGGAGGUCGUCCAGGCCAGAGGACUCACCAUGAAAGCGGGUUCAAAGGGACCUCCAGCGGCCUACAUCAAGGUCUACCUCCUGGAGAACGGGACCUGCGUGGCCAAGAAGAAGACCAAGUCGGUGAGGAAGUCUCUGGAUCCUCUCUACAACCAGGUCCUGGUCUUCUCCGAGAGCCCGCAGGGCAAAGUGGUGCAGGUCAUCGUCUGGGGCAACUACGGACGCAUGGACCGCAAGUGCUUCAUGGGCGUCGCCCGAAUCCUAUUGGAGGAGCUGGACCUCAGCACGAUGGUGAUUGGCUGGUACAAGCUCUUCCCCACCUCCUCCAUGGUGGACCCCGCCAUGGCGCCGCUCAUCCGCCACUCCUCCCAGAUGUCCCUGGAGAGCACCAUCGGGCCGUGCUGCGAGCGCUCCUAAGACUCCAGCCAGGAAAUGUCUUCGGCCCGCCGGCCUGAAGGUGUCCGAUGCCUCGUCGGCCGAGGACGCUUCCGCCGGUCCAACCGAACUCGGGAAGGAAUCCCCGGGACUUCACGACCCAGCGGGUCAUUUCUCUCUGGAAACACACUGUUGUCCAGCAUCAGACGGAGUACGUCUGCUUUUGUUGUUUCCGAACUGGAGGGUGGUGGUCUCCUCAGAAGACAAAGACCUACUCAAUGGUGACUCUUCAAAGGGGGCGGGGGGGCAGCCGUGGCCUUCUGUUCUGCAGAAGCAUGAAUGGAUCAGCAGGACUACUGAAGACUGGAAUAAAAAUAAUCAUAUAUAUAGAUUAUUUGUUGUAACUGACCAUGGAACACUUGUUUUCUUCUUUUGUGUCACACAUUUGGCCCUUUGAUGUUCCUGUGGGAUUGUGUGUGUGUGUGUGUGUGUGUGAGUGUGAUCAGCUGUGAAGUCCCCGAAGAAAACAUCAGACCCAUCUGGAAGCCCUGAUUAUGUGACUGCGUGUGCAGACGUCCUGGUGGGAUGUUGAUGUUGCUCACUGAUGCUGAGGGGCUGAAUACUUCUGGUCCUUUUCUAGGAUUCGUCCUCUCUUUUGAAAAGAGAAGAAGGUUUUGGGUUAUCAAUUUUCUAAUCAGGAGUUUAUUCCGUGCCAAUUUGUACCUGCAAGUGUCUUCCUCUCCCUCUUCCUCUUCCUCAAUACAGAAACAAGACGUCACUUCGUCCGGAUCACAGCUCCAAACCGCUGACCUGCUGACUAGCUGAGCUGCGACUGGGGGGGAGGUUUGCGUCUGAAUCUAAGACAAAUUUAUAGUUUAUCGGACAACAAAAAGUAUGUAAGUAGUGAGUCUGUUUCAUUUGGGCACUUUAUGAUUCUUAUUCUUAUUCUGAUGAUAAAUAUUAUGGUAGUUUGUGUCUUUUGGAGUGAGAAAGUUAAUCUUUAAUAACUUAGUUGGUUAACGUUAAAUCUCGGUGUGUGUGUGUGUGGGGUGGGGGGAUCCACGCUAGUUACUGUAAGUUAGUAGCAUUAGCUGGUAGCAUCCGCAUGACUGAAUAAAGCUUGUAAUAAAUUAGCAUCCUACUUGAUAAGACUUAGCAUGAGCUCCACGCGACGAGGAGGCGGAGCUACGGGACGCAGGAAGUGAACAAUAUGUAGCAACAAGAUUCAGACUCAAAGUUCCAAACAAUAACAAACAAAGUCACCGGGUUUGUUUUUUGACAUCAUUUCAGAACAACAUGUGCGUUACAUUCAGACUGAUUUCACUCGUUACAGGUUUGCAAAGGGCCUCUGUUUGUUUUGCCAGUAGCGGCGUUGCAGGGAUAUUAAUACUGUAUCUAUUUCCAAACAAAUCAGCUACAUUCUUCAAAGCAAUAAUUAAAAUACAACCAGGCAUGGCAUUUGUUUUUAGGCUGAUUCAUUCAUUCAUUUGACAAUUCAACUUGUCUUUCGCGGUGUGUUUGAUAUGAAACGUGUGUCCAAUACAUGUUUACAGUCAUGAAUUUAAAGUGACGUAAAGGUCUUUAUGAUUUAAAGGGGACGUAUCGUGCUCGGUUUCAGGUUCAGUCGUUCUUCUAGAACAUGUUUACGUGUUUUAAUGUUCAUAAAGGAGGUUGUUUGUCUCAUAACGUCUGUCUGAAUACGCCUUAAUGCUGAAACGCGUUAAAAGAACCAGUCUGCUCUGUGGAGGAGCAUCUAGUCGGCCCCCUUUAAACUAGAAAAUAACUGACACUAGAAACGUUCUAUAAAUCAAAUAUAUAUAUAUAGAUAUAUGUGUAUGAUAUAGUUCUACUCUAAACGAAUGGACGACUCUUACUGUGACUCGAGGAAUGUGCUUCUGUCCGUGUUCUUAUGUGCCAAACAAACAUGUUAAGAGCUCAUUUCCCACUUAAGAACCAAUGAACGAGGAAAGCAAAAUAUUUAUAUAUAGUUAAAUAUUUAACACCUAAAUAUUUUAUAAUUGAGUGUUACUUUAUUUUCUAUUCACAAAGGCAAAGUUACAAAUGGAAGUUACCGCGGUAACCAUCAAACAAAAGUUCCCCGUCUAUAUUUGAUCCCCGUCUAUAUUUGAUCUAACUAGACAAUAUCAUUGAGCCUUUAUGAAGCCUUUAUGAAGCCUUUAUGAAGCCAUUAUGAAGCCUUUAUGAAGCAUUUAUGAAGCCUUCAUUAAGCCUUUAUGAAGCCUUUGUGAAGCCUUUAUGACGCCUUUGUGAAGCCUUUAUGAAGCCUUCAUGAAGCCUUUGUGAAGCCUUCAUGAAGCCUUUAUGAAGCCUUUAUGACACCUUUGUUCUUCCAAACCUUCCUCUCUAAUCUCCCCAUCAGACUGAAGAGCUGCUUCCUGUUUGUUAAUUAAAACCUGAUCGUGUCAUUUGCUCAUCAAAGUCUUUAAAAUCAGAGUCUUUUUGUGUCACUUUGUAUCUUUCGCUGAGCUAAUAGAUGUUGUCCUCGACACGUGUUUUCUCCUCCAUGUUUUGAUUGUGUCAAUGGUUGUAGACACAGAUGAAUUUGGAUGUUACUUGCAUAUUACAAUGUAAAUAGAGGCCUUAAACACUUGUACAUUUUGUCAGGUGCACGGACUAAGAAUGGUCACUUAAAAAGGUUUCACAGUGUCGCCUCCCAUCACUUCAACGGUGUGUUAAUUACCUGCUGUUUGCAAAUGAUCAUCUUUGCAUUUGUUCUGAUUGAGUUUCUGGUGUUUCAUGUAUUUGUGUAUUCUCUAACAAAGUAGGUACUCAAACAGUCGGACCUGUUUCUUUAGAAUACUUAUUUCAGUAACAUACAAAAAUCCCACUGAAGUUUCUUUAUUGAUGUUUGAAACGUGCGUGAACAGGAAUAUCAGCUGAGGAAACCAAAACCCUUUUAUUUGUGGUGUUACGUUAAAGGUGGGAGUCAAUGGGGGCCGGUGCUCUAGAUGUUGGACCCUUAUCGUACUCUAAAGCCAUUUCCCGUUAAAUGAACCCUCACCUACGAGUUCUAAGUCACACGUCGCUGCUUUUACGUUGUCCUCAACAACAUUUAGGCUCCACCCCCAAAUUUUAUAAAGAAAAUCCUUUUAUUUUUCCAAUAAGGACUUGAUUUUGUCCACAGCAUUCACAGCCUUAAAGCCUCUCAAACAUUACUGAGGAGAGAAGGUUUUGCUUUUGGGGGUUUUAAACUUUCCGAAGCAGCGCUGAUGGAAAAGCGUUUUUUCCUCUGUGAAGUCGCGUCGUCCCGGGAAGCUUUUCCACGCGAGUCCUUGAGCUCAGCUCCUCGUUCCUCUGAGCAGCUUCAUCGGAGGAGCAUUUCAACCGUGUGGAGCAGACGGGCGCCGCUCAACGAGCUUCUGUUAGCGUCGCUUCUGUUGCUCUUUGUGUCGCCGCCUCCAGGACCUGAAUGUUGGCAGAGGGACAAAGUGGCGUUGACUUUUAAAUUAUAUUUCCAGAUGCUUUGGCAAACAGUUAUCUUGUUGAGUAAAUGCACAAUUUAGUGUGUUGUUAUUCUAUUCCAGCUGUCAAUAAAAUACUUGAUCUCCAUC